UUGACAUGGAUCGAUAACAUCAACAAUAACCGAAAAUACAAAUAAUUCUCCGAAUUGCAGCGCUCGAGCUACACCCGUAUCUUCUCAAAGUUCUAUGGAUGAAGGCCUCCACGAUUUCGAGACAUUAUCUGCCAGUUGAGCGGCCGUCGCUCCGCCAGCCAUUCCGGCGCAUCUAAACAAACACCACCACAAACAUGUCGAGUCUAUCGCCGCCAGGAAAAGCGGCAUCGCAAGAAACGCCCGCGCGAACUCCUUCGAGAACUCCAAACCGCCGCGCUAUUAGCGCUGAGCCGUUUUCUGGUGUUCACACACCCCUCGAUCGUAGCGGUGCUCGGGACCUGCGUGCUUCUCUUCGCCGUGGUACACCAGCAUCUGCCGGUCGAUCCAAUGCGCCAACUCCUCAUGCCAAAGCCGCUCGUCGGCUGCUUGACCAGCGCCGCACGGCAAUGUUCACACCUGGAAAGAACCGCAGACAGAGCAUGUUGCAACAGAGAGAAACACCCUUGGAUAUUUUACGAAUGCUCGGUCGAACACUAGCGCAUAAGAGUCAGCCUAUUCACUCGUCAUCUUCGUCGUCUCCAGGGAAUAAACGGAGCUCGUCACCAGAACGGAGGGAGGACAGCAACUUGUAUGAUGAUGACGAUGAUGAAGACGACGAUCUACUCGCGAGGCCACCAAGACUAUCCUUGCCGUUGGACAUUGAAGAUGCCUCUAGUACCAGCUCAGAUUUGCCUCCACCAAGGUUGUCACAAUUGGAUGAGGACAACUUUACUAUGCAGUCUAUUGAGAUGCCUCGAAGGAUUGCGAAUGACUCUCGGUUAUCUCGAGGGAGUCCUGGCAGCGAACGCAUGAGCGACUACUUCAAUGAAGCCACAGAGGGCGAUAUUGAACAAUCGGAUUUCUUCCCCGGUCUGCUAGAAGAUCUUCAGGCGAGAGCUGGGCAGGACGAUAUGACACUCGAGCCUAUUGAAGCAGACCAGACCCGGCGAAUGACCGAGGGCCCAGGAAGUGACUUCAAUUUCGAGUACCCCGGUGGACUUGAGGAUGGAACUGUCUUUCAAAUGUCUGACCCCGCCAACGAUCUUCAAGCAACAUCACCAAUUGGCGAGCCGUCAGUAGCAGAAGCCAGGGCAGAUGACACUCAGGAUCCCCGCCCCGAUGUUGCUUAUGGAUCCGACUCCGAUGGUGGUGGCGGGGACUUCGGAAUGGACGGUUGGGAUCAUAACGAGGGUGGCGUCGACGAUCAUAGCUCAAUAAAUGAAGAGCCAGUGCCAAAACCAGAGCCAACAGUCACAACCGGGUUACGUCAUGAACCAGCGGAUGAUAGACUACCUCGCGGCUUGAAAGCAAAGAAGCGAAAGCGGAUAUCACAACAUGGCAUUGAGUACCCCUCACUGCCUCCGGCUUUUGUCAAGCGAGUGGCCCAGACGGCUCUCCAAUCGUCAGGUCUAAGCAACCAGCGUCUAUCGGCGGAGACAUUAGAUGCUCUCAUUCAGUCCUCGGAAUGGUUCUUUGAGCAGCUGGGGGACGAUUUAGGAGCCUAUGCGGAUCACGCGAAGCGCAAAACAAUCGAGGAGAGCGACGUCUUCACACUCAUGAAAAGGCAGCGUCAGAUAGGGCCGCGUUCCUCCAUGUUCUCCUUGGCACAGAAGCACCUCCCCAGAGAACUCCUCCAGGAGCUGAGAAUGCCAGUUCCGCAACCCGCUAAGCAACGCAAGGCGAGACGUGUGUCGGGCCGAGGCGACGAGGCAGAAGUUGCUCAAGAUGCUGAAGACACAUGAGUUUUAAAUGGUGGUGCAUGCGUUAUGAGAUAUGCAGUUUACAGGCCCUUUGAACGAGCUACACGACGAGCGACGUCGUUGGCAGGCUUUUUGACUACCAUCCAAAGCAUGAUGGAUGUUGCGACAGCAAGGCCAUACCUAAAGCAAGGAGUUAGAAGGCCCGGUGCCGAUGUGCAUGAAUGAGGGCAACUUACCAGGUAAAGAUAUACUGGGCAUGGUUGUUUCGCAGGUUUACCUCCGCGGGUCGGCCAUAGGGAAUACCGCGAGCCUCGAAGUCGACCAUUUGCAUGAACUCGGGUUCUGGUGUCGUUAGCAAGACAUCACGAGAUGGAAGAUUAUGAUGAUAGACAUACCCAUAGUAGCCUCAACCCAGACAGGCUGGCUACCGGUCAAAGCAGCCAUCUGCUUCACAUCCGGGAAAUAAAACAUGCCCUUCUCGGGCUGAUUUUCUGGCGUA